AUGACUGAGAAGGAGAUGUUGGCUGUGGUGUUUGCUUUCGACAAAUUCAGAUCGUACAUGAUUGGCUCUAAGGUAAUUUUAUACACUGAUCAUACAGCUCUCAGGUACUUGAUUGAGAAGAAGGAGUCUAAGUCGCGUCUGAUUCGUUGGGUGUUGCUACUGCAAGAAUUCGACCUCGAAAUUCGUGAGCACGAGCAGUUGCUCGCUACUAGUUUUGAGGAAGUGCCGUGGUAUGCAGACUUUGAAAUUACCUGGUCAGCGGUUUGUCUCCAACCGGCGGAGGAUAGGUACAAUGCAAAGGCAGCUAAGAAAUUGUUAUAUGAGGUGCAUAUUGACCGAGAAGCCUUAGAGGUGGAAUGCCCGAAUAUCUUUAAUGAGUUGAGGAGGUUUCAGCUGGACAUCCUCUUCGAGGUACUGGAAGAAGCCAAUGUUUAG